GCGCAUGCGCCCUGCGCUCCUCCUCCUCCUCCCCCCCCCUCCGCCGCCGGCAGCGUAAUGGCGGCGGCCGCCGCGGCGGUGGCGGGCGGCGGGGAGCGGAGCAGCACCCGGGAGCGGCUGCUGGCGGCGCUGGAGGACCUGGAGCUCUUGGCCAGGGAACUGAUUGAAAUUUUGGCAAUUUCAAGAAAUCAGAAACUUCCACAACCAGGAGAAGAGAGCCAGAUCCUGGAGCUGCUGAUUCAGAGAGAUGGAGAGUUUCAAGAGCUAAUGAAGUUGGCAGUUGAACAGGGGAAAAUCCAUCACGAAAUGCAGCUUUUAGAAAAGGUGGUAGAAAAGAGGGAUAAUGAUAUUCAGCAGCUGCAGAAGCAACUGAAAGAAGCAGAGCAUAUUCUGGCAACAGCUGUUUAUCAAGCAAAGGAAAAGCUGAAAUCAAUUGAAAAGGCAAGAAAAGGUGCCAUUUCAUCUGAAGAAAUAAUUAAAUAUGCCCAUAGGAUCAGUGCUAGCAAUGCUGUUUGUGCCCCACUAACAUGGGUACCAGGGGACCCACGUAGGCCCUAUCCUACAGAUCUAGAAAUGAGGAGUGGCCUCUUGGGUCAGAUGAACAACCCAUCCACUAAUGGGGUUAAUGGACACUUACCAGGGGAUGCCCUUGCAGCUGGCAGACUGCCAGACGUGCUCGCUCCUCAGUAUCCUUGGCAGUCAAGCGAUAUGUCGAUGAACAUGCUACCUCCUAAUCACAGUAAUGACUUCAUGUUGGAGCCUCCAGGACACAAUAAAGAGAACGAAGAUGAUGUAGAAGUUAUGUCAACAGACUCCUCGAGCAGCAGCAGUGACUCAGACUAGGUGCAGAGGGACAGUAUCCCUACUAGACCUUUCCUGUGGUGAAGGUAGGUUGGAUGCUGUUAGUCACAGAAUGCAAUACCCUUCGGUUUUGCUGGCAGUCCCGUGCAAGGAGAAGAUGCAGCUGGCUCAAAAAAGGAAGGGUGACUGAUCUAAAACCAUGAACUUGAUAUUUUUUUCCCCCAUUAGAUGCUCAAGUAAAAUGGGAGCUUUCUGCUGGAGGAGCGAUGUCAAAUUUCCAGUGAUUAUGUAAAUGUGUGAAUGUGUAUGUAUGCAAGAGAUGGGCACGUGUAUAUAAAUAUUUACUAUAUGUUAGGUGAUAAAAGUUCCUGGGAAAAAAGGUGUAAGGGGAAUCCCCUUGUAUGUUUGUUAGUAACUUCACUCUUUUGAUGAUAGCCUUUUCUACGGCACAGAAAUAAGGCAUAAAAUUUGUAAUUUUAAUAUCUUUUUUGUUACUGCUGAAAUCCAUGUUCUUGAUCGUCUACUGUGUUCUGAGAACAAAAACACGGCAGCAAGGUGCAAAAAAAAAAGUUUGUAAUUAUUGUAAUAUAUAAUGAAUGGUUUGUCAUAAAUAAACUCACCUUUGAUGCUA